AUUGAGUUUCCCAUCUGAGCAAGCAGUAAUCUAGUUCAGUUUACCAGACAUCAUCAGUCCAGGAAGACUCACUGAACUAGAGUUUGGCAUCAAGAGACAGCAUCCAGGAAGAGGUCUGGAAAAGGAAAGCUCCCACCUGGCCCUGACCCUCUUCCAAUUAUUGGUAAUAUAUUGCAGUUGGAUACUAAGAAUAUCCCCAAAUCUUUAUGCAUGCUAGCAAAAGAUUAUGGCCCAGUUUUCACUCUGUACUUGGGUUCUAAACCUGUUGUUGUGUUACAUGGGUACAAGGCAAUGAAAGAAGCUCUGAUUGAUCAUGGAGAAGAGUUUGCUGGCAGAGGAAGUUUCCCAAUCAUUGAUGCUAUUAACAAAGGUUUGGGACUUGCUUUUAGCAAUGGAGAGAGAUGGAAGCAAAUCCGCCGUUUCUCUCUCAUGACUCUGAAGAAUUUUGGGAUGGGGAAGAAGAGCAUUGAGGAGCGAGUCCAAGAAGAAGCAAAGUGCCUGGUUGAGGCAUUAAAAAAAAAGAAUGGGAUGCCCUGUGACCCCACAUUCAUCCUUGGGUGUGCUCCCUGCAAUGUCAUCUGCUCUAUCAUUUUCCAGAAGAGGUUUGAAUAUCAUGAUCAGAAAUUUCUACAUUUAAUGAAGCUUUUAGAUGAAAAGGUCAAGAUCCUGAGUUCCCCAUGGAUACAGAUCUAUAAUUUCCUCCCACUUUUGGUAAAGUAUCUCCCAGGAUCUCACCACAAGCUAUUUAAAACCUGUCAAAUGCUGCAUGAUUUCUUUUUGGAGAAAGUGAAGGAACAUCAAGGCGCCCUGGACCCCAACAACCCUCAGGAUUUGAUUGACUCUUUCCUUAUCAAAAUGGAGCAGGAAAAGGAAAAGCUUCAAUCUGAAUUUACCAUGGAAAACUUGGUCUGUACUGUGUCUGAUAUAUUUGGUGCAGGAACACAGACAACCAGCACCACUCUGAGAUAUGGCCUUCUACUUCUACUAAAACAUCCUGAGAUAACAGAUAAAAUUCAUGAAGAAAUCGACCGUGUUAUUGGCCACAACCGGAGUCCCUGCUUGAAGGACAGAAAUAGUAUGCCUUACACAGAUGCUGUAAUCCAUGAAAUACAAAGAUACAUUGAUCUGGUCCCAGCCAAUCUGACUCAUUCAGUGACACAAGAUGUUACAUUCAGACAACACAUGAUCCCCAAGGGCACUACCAUUAUACCAUUACUGACCUCUGUUCUGUAUGACAAUGAAGAGUUCCCUAAUCCAGACCAGUUUGAUCCAGGUCACUUUCUGGAUGAAAACGGUAACUUUAAGAAGAGUGACUAUUUUAUGCCUUUUUCAGCAGGAAAAAGAAUAUGUGUUGGUGAGGGCCUGGCUCGGAUGGAAUUGUUUCUGUUUCUUACUACCAUUUUGCAGAAUUUUACCUUGAAAUCUCUUAUUAACCCAAAGGAUAUAGACACCACUCCAGUUGCCAGUGGAUUUGGCAAUAUACCCCCGUCCUUUAAGCUUUGCUUCCUACCUUCCCAAAACCUGUAAAGGAAUACUUCUGGCUCUAACUUCUCAACUUCCCAACCUACCUUUCUAGCUUAAUCUUCCAUUAUUUCCUUUGACAUUUGACAAAAUAGAUUACCUCUUCCCCCCAACCACACCCCAACACUCUCCAGGCAUUCCCUUUGGCUGAAAUAUUUCCUCUCUUCAAUUCUUUUGAUUGAAUUCUUACCCAUUUUUCAAAUCACAAUUCAGAAGCCAUAUCCCAUUUUACUUAUUGUCUGAACUAUUCAAAUUAAUACUCAUUUAUGUGCCCUUCCUUUAUUCUUGUUUCAAGUAUGCUAGUCGUUUUUAUCCUUUCUCCUAAACUAGACUGUAAGUCCUUUAUUGUCAGGUACAAUGUUUUAUACUUGUCCAUUAUAAACCACUAGUAAUGGAUAGCAGCCUUUUUCUUUUCCUUAAGUGCCUCAACUAAUACUCUCUCAGCAUGUACGCUACUUGAUAGCAACUCAAUAAUUCGUAAUAGUUCCCUGCCUAUUCUAAUUAAGAAUAGAAGCUUAAAUAUUAAAAGCAUAGAUCACACUCAAGAGACACU